CUUUAAUUUCGUCAGUGACGCUGAAAUAACAAGAUCGGGAAAAAUUAUUUUGCGCCGAGAAAAUGGAGGAUCUGUGGAAGAGAGCGAAAUCGUUUGCGGAGGAAGCAGCCAAGAAAUCUCAGAACAUAACCUUACAAUCUUCUUCCACGACCUUCGCUAAUCUCGUCUCCGAGACCGCUAAGAAAUCCAAAGAAUUCGCUCUCGAAGCCUCUAAGAAGGCCGAUCAGCUCAAUGUCUCCGAUCUCGUCGCCGAGACGGCGAAAAAAUCGAAGGAGUUCGCUGCUGAGGUUUCCACCAAGGCGGAUCAGCUCAAAGUCGUCGCGUUGAAACAAGCCGAUCAGAUCCAGAAUAUUAAGUCCAUCGCCGACAUUAUCCCUCCUCAGCUUGCGUCGUUUGGGUCCGGAUCGGGAUCAGGAUCUAGCUCUGUGAUCUCCGAAUCUGAGCUUCUUAGCUUCGGUAUCACGGAUGAUCUGAGAGAGUUCGUCAAAGGAUUGACCUCUGCUACAUUCCAGGCUUUCCCUGAACAAGAUGAAUCGUCGGAAGUUUCUGAUACGGCAACAACUGCGUCGAAUGUUCGGAAGGAUCUCUCGGAGUGGCAGGAGAGACAUGCCACUCUUGUUCUUGGCUCUGUCAAGCAAAUUUCGAAGUUAAGAUAUGAGUUAUGCCCGAGAGUCAUGAAAGAAAGGAGAUUCUGGAGGAUAUACUUCACCUUAGUGAGCACUCAUGUUGCACCAUAUGAGAGAAAGUACAUGGAGGAACUUAGGAGCAAAGCAGAGAGUAAAGAUGAAGAAGCUAGGAAGACUCCAACGGUUGGAGGGACAGAAAUAGCUGAAAACAGUGUGACAAAGAAUAGAACAUCGACUGCAUCGUCUGAGCAAGAUCUUGAUACAUUCCUCUUGGGAGAUCUAGAAGACAGUGACGAAGCUCCUGAUGAUGGUGAUGGUGAUGGUGAUGGAAGCCUGGAUGAUGAUGACUUUGACAAGAUUGGCAACUCCGAUGUUGAAGAAGAGAAAGAGAAAGUGAAAGAGAAAGAGACAAAUGCAGCAAAGUAGAAAUAUAUAUAGUUUUGUACAACCCAUUUGAGGGAAGUUACCGAUGGUAUAUGACCUUGUCUCAUCAUCUGUGUAUAGCUUUUGCUUAUAGCGAAGAUGCAAAAGAAGACAGAUUUUAUUCAUUCGAUUCGCAGAUUAUAUAAAAAACGAGACUUUAUUUUUGUUGUA